AAGAAGCGGAAGUGCUCAGGUCGCUGUGUGAUGUCCUUGCCUUCCUAAUGUUGCUCUAACGUGGAUGGAAGAAACUGGACUUGUACUGGGUGCAGGGCUUCGUUUUCUCCUCACAUGGUUUUCCUCUAACAGGCCGUCUGUCUGUCCGUCAUGCCUCUUCAUAAAUUCCCUCCCAAACUUUGGGCGACCCUGAAGCUGCAGAAGGGCAUCUACGCUCGCCUCCCCAAACAUUACCUGAAGUCUCUGGAGCCGAAGGAGCCCACCCCGGUCCACUGGAAACCUCUGGGGGUGAAGUACCGAGCCAACCCGAAGACGGGACUGAAGGAGCGGGUCCAGGACGUCCCCAUCCCCAUCUACUUCCCUCAUGAAGCCCAGGAAGGCCUGUGGGGAGGAGAGGGCUGGAUCUCAGGGUUCAGAUACGCCAACAACGACAAACUGUCGAACCGUCUGAAGAAGACGUGGAAGCCUCAGCUGUUCAAGAGAGAAUUAUACAGCGAGAUCCUGGAUCACAAGUUCACCAUCACGGUCACCAUGAGAACCCUGGACCUCAUCGACGCCGCCUACGGCUUCGACUUCUACAUCCUCAAAACAUCAAAGGAGGACCUGAACUCUAAGCUGGGGAUGGACCUGAAGAGAGCCAUGCUGCUGCGCCUGGCCAACAGAGACACGGAGCUCUAUCCCUCCGACCCGCUGAAGAGAGACAAGAUCUACAGUAAAUACAAGCAGUUUGAGAUCCCAAAGGAGGAGGCUGAGUGGGUGGGUCUGAUCCUGGAGGAGGCUGUGGAGAAACAGAGGCAGCUGGAGGACAAGGAGCCAGAGCCUCUGUUUAAGAGCUGUGUGGAGAAGCUGGUGGAGGAGCUGCACCUCCAGAAACUCAGCGAGCCGCACGUCAUCGAGAAGGAGAAGACUGAAUCUGAGUCCUGAGUGGGACACAAUCCGCUUUUAAGACUGAAAAAUAAGUCGGUUGAACUUCUGAGCUGCUUCAAACGGUGGUGGCAGUCAGAGUUUCUGUUCCUGAGAGAAUUCACCAGUUUCUACAUUAUUUCCUUUUGGGACCGACUGUAGAAGGAAUCAGGUUAUAUUUAUGUCUUUCUGCUUCCAUUUAAGCUUCAUUCAUUGAUAUUUUUUUUCAAUAAAAAUAAAAGAUUCCCUUGUUUUCCUGCUCACCUGUUCCACAAAACAUAAUUAAAUCAGUCACCAAAAACCAUGAAAUGAAUUUGUGAAUUAUAUAAUUUAUUCUCAUGAUCAUCCAAAUGAACACAAACUAACUCUUGAACCAGAUGUUCAUAUUACAAAGAUUGCUAUCCAUGAUGUGAAAGUGCAAUCAUGAAGUUCAGUUGCAAUUGUUUUGAUAAAUAAAAGCUCAUUUUGAACU